CGCUGCGCCCCACAUCGGCACCGAGCAAGACGACACGCAAACCUCGUGUCGCUCCUCCGUGAGCGAUUCGGCGUUGCGAACUUUGCGACUCUGGACCACUGCCCUGCAGCCAGGCAGCCAUGUGCCCACAGCACGUCUCAUACAGUCAUUCGUCCGCAAUCCGGCAAUCCCCAUAACCUGACACGCCAUCCAGCUACUACUAAUAUUACCCUCGCGUCUCGUCCUCCUGCUACACUGCGCCAUCGACUUCGUCCCCAAUUCCCCAUCCUGUCAUCGUCGCCUCGCCGGCAAUGGCGUCUUCCGGCGCCGGAGUAGCCGCGUCCCGCCGGUCGCUCCCUCUGCUGCUGCUACUGCUACUCGUCGCCGCCUUCGCGGGCUCCUCCCUCGCGCAAGCCCCAGACAACCGCACCGAGGAGAAGGCGGCGGCGAGGAAGUGCGCGUACACGGUGAAGGUGAAGACUUCCUGCGCGUCGCCGGCGGCGCGGACGACGGACGCGGUGAGCGUGGCGUUCGGGGACGCGUACCGCAACGAAGCCUACGGCGCGCGCCUGCCUGCCCCGCCGGGCGGCCGUGCCUUCGAGCGGUGCGGCGCCGACACGUUCCGCGUGUCCGGCGCGUGCGGCUACGGGGUGUGCUACCUGUACCUCCGCCGCGCCGGGCGCGACGGCUGGGCGCCCGAGUGGGUCCAGGUGCUCGAGCCGGGCCCCAGCGACGAGCCCUCCACGUUCUACUUCGGGGCGCCGCUGCCCGACGGCGUCUGGUUCGGGCACAACCGCUGCCCCAAGGCCGGCCGCACGGCGGCGGCGGCGGCUAGGACGAACAGCUCCUCCUCCUCCUCUGCUGCUUCGCCUCUAGGCUAGGCGCGAGCCGAUUCCGCUACAAUUUGAUCUCUUGUGUGUAAUGUGAUUGGGCGAUUUCGCAUCCGUGAAUGAAGAAUAAGCAGACUCCCAUGCAUCUGAAAUUCAGAAUCCUGAAAA